CUCCCCUGCCAGGUGCUGAUCAUCGGCGGCGGGGACGGAGGAGUCCUGCGGGAGGUGGUGAAACACCCCACCGUGGAGUCGGUGGUGCAGUGCGAAAUCGAUGAGGAUGUGAUCCAGGUAUCCAAGAAAUACCUCCCAGGGAUGGCAGUGGGGUAUUCCAGUGCUAAGCUGACCUUGCAUGUAGGAGAUGGUUUUGAGUUCAUGAAGCAAAAUCAAGAAGCUUUUGAUGUGAUUAUCACGGACUCAUCUGACCCCAUGGGUCCUGCAGAAAGUUUAUUCAAAGAAUCCUACUACCAGCUGAUGAAGACAGCCCUGCGAGAAGAUGGGAUUCUUUGCUGCCAAGGUGAGUGCCAGUGGCUGCACCUGGAUCUCAUUAAGGAGAUGCGUCAGUUCUGCAAGUCUCUGUUCCCUGUUGUGGAAUAUGCCUAUUGCACCAUCCCCACCUAUCCCAGCGGGCAGAUUGGCUUCAUGCUCUGCAGCAAGAACCCGAACACAAAUUUCCGGGAGCCUGUGCAGCAGCUCUCACAGCAACAAGUGGAGGAGAGGAGUCUGAAAUACUACAACUCUGACAUUCAUCGGGCAGCUUUCAUUCUGCCAGAGUUUGCACGGAAGGCCCUGAGUGAUGUGUGAGACAGAAGCUGCUUCCUUCCUUCAAGUUGGACCCUGAGAUCAUCAGUGAUGUGGUGGGGACCUUCCCAGCAGACUGCAGAUUUGCUCUCCACUGUGUGGGAUUGUUUAACCCUUUGCCAACCAACAUUCCCUUUGAUGAUGUGUUAAAGAUGAUGGGGCAUAAGCCAGAUAAGACUAUUGAAAAGGCCCAGUGACUUAUUGCGUGAGGUCAAAACUGUUCUUUCCAGUGCUGGAAAUGUAAGAUGUCUUUUUCCUUUCUCUCCUCCCUGCACCCAUUCUAAAUCCUCCCCUCCCUGCAACUGACAUGAUAUAUUUAUAACUGAUUCGUAUUUCUGUCUGCUGAUCUUCUGAAACCUGGGAAGAGUCCAAAAGGGUCACUGACUCAGCCUUAACCACACAGAGUGAGAGCUUUGUGCCCAAAGUUAGCUUGCUCUCUCCUGAUAGGAGCUCCCUGCUGCUGAGACGUUUUGACUGGGAUCGGGUCUGAGCCUUCAUGUCCCACUGCCCU